AGAGAGAGAGAGAGAGAGAGAGAGAGAGAGAGAGAGAGAGAGAGAAGAAACGGGAGGAGGGGAUACGGAAAUUAAACCCUUUAAGUCAAUGCAUAUUGUGGUGACACUGGCACAGGAGCCCUCACGGUGGAGUCGGCCAGGGCUGUGCGUUCCCAAAAUAUGACCAGGGGUGCUUGGAUGUGUCGGCAGUAUGACGACGGCUUAAAAAUCUGGUUGGCAGCACCCCGGGAGAACGAGAAACCGUUCAUCGAUUCAGAGCGGGCUCAGAAAUGGCGACUGUCUCUGGCCUCUCUCUUGUUUUUCACAGUCCUGCUCUCUGAUCACUUGUGGUUCUGCGCCGAGGCCAAGCUGACCCGGACCCGGGACAAAGAGCAUCACCAACAGCAGCAGCAGCAACAGCAGCAGCAGCAACAGCAGCAGCAACAGCAGCAGCAGCAGCAGCAGCAACAGCAGCAGCAGCAGCGGCAGCAGCAGCGGCAGCGGCAGCAGCAGAGGCAGCGGCAGCAGGAACCCUCCUGGCCCGUGCUCCUGGCCAGCAUGGGGGAGUCCUCGCCCGCCACCCAGGCACACAGACUCCUCUCCGCCUCCUCGUCCCCCACCCUGCCCCCCUCCCCGGGAGGCGGCGGCGGCAGCAAGGGCAACCGAGGCAAGAACAACCGGAGCAAGGCUCUUUUUCUAGGAAACUCUGCCAAGCCGGUGUGGCGCCUGGAGACUUGUUACCCUCAGGGCGCCUCCUCCGGCCAGUGCUUCACCGUGGAGAGCGCGGACUCGGUGUGCGCCAGGAACUGGAGUCGGGGGGCGGCCGCGGGGGAGGAGCAGUCGUCCAGGGGCUCUCGGCCAACUCCGUUGUGGAACUUGUCGGAUUUUUACCUUUCGUUUUGUAAUUCCUACACACUUUGGGAGUUGUUCUCGGGGCUGUCCAGCCCCAGCACUUUGAACUGCAGUUUGGACGUGGUGCUCACGGAGGGCGGUGAGAUGACCACGUGUAGACAGUGCAUCGAAGCUUACCAGGACUACGACCACCACGCGCAGGAGAAGUACGAAGAGUUUGAAAGUGUGCUGCAUAAGUACUUACAGUCGGAUGAGUACUCAGUGAAGUCAUGUCCCGAGGACUGCAAGAUUGUCUACAAAGCCUGGCUCUGCUCCCAGUAUUUUGAAGUCACACAGUUUAACUGCAGAAAGACGAUUCCAUGCAAGCAAUAUUGUUUGGAGGUGCAGACCAGGUGUCCGUUCAUAUUGCCCGACAACGACGAAGUCAUCUACGGAGGCCUCUCAAGCUUCAUCUGCACAGGGCUCUACGAAACCUUCCUAACCAAUGAUGAACCCGAAUGCUGUGACAUCAGGAACGAGGAGCAAUCUGCACCCCCAUCCAAAGGGACCGUGAACAGAAGAGACUCCUGUGCCAGGAGGUCGCUCACAGUGUCCUCGGCCACGAGACUGUGCCCUGCCCGGCUCAAGCUGUGUGUUCUCGUCCUCAUCCUCCUUCACACCGUGCUCACGGCCUCCGCAGCGCAGAACUCCACCGGGCUGGGCCUGGGAGGCCUCCCCACGCUCGAGGACAACUCCACCCGGGAGGAUUGAGCGCAGCAGGGGCACGCACGGGGCGCAAGCGCAAGGCGCAAGGCGCAGGGCUGGACAGGUGCACGCUUUUGCGCGCAGAGCAUUGGUAACCCACCCGGGAUGUGCACCCGCUGCUGCCCGGGGAACUGAACCCACCCGGGUGCUUUACCCUCGGACUUCCCGCAAGACCUGUGGGUAACAUUCAACAAGAUGGGCCCGAUUCCCAACAAGGACACAGCUGCAGCUUUUUACCGACUAAGAGGCUGCCAGUGACUCAGUUUCUCACACCAUUUUAUACACUGUGUUUUAACGUUUGGAGGUUUUUAUUUUGUUGUUGUUGUUGUUGUUGUUGUUUCUUUUUCUUCUUUCUUUUCUUUUAGUUCGAUUUGAAUUUAUUUUCCGUUUAUUUGAUUUUAUUUCAUUUCUCUGCACUUGUUACUGCAGCAUUUCUUUGUGGGUGAACUUAAGUCUCUCCACUGUCUAUCUAUCUAUUUCUAGUCAUUGUGUGUCCAUCAGAUACUUCUGUCUGCGUCCUGUCAGUUUCUAAUAGAGGAAUGACCGCUAUAACCUCACGGUGUAGCAAAAAAAUAAAAAACAAAAACAAAAAAACAUAAAACAAAAACAAACAAAAAAACAACAAAAAAGAAUUAAAAAUCGACAAAAAAAAAGACAAAAAAAAAACAAAAAAUAAAAAAAAAUCCCUAAGCCUCCUUCCAACCCAUGGACGCCACGCCCUGCAGGCCCUGCUGGCCCUCGCCUUCUGUCCCCAAGCAGACAACAUCCGCUUGCUUCUGUCUGUGUCUCGCAUGGUGGGUGUGUGUCGCGCACAAGCCCGAGCAGAGGGAGCCAGGGCCUAGGGUCCAUCUGGAUGAUCCAACAGUGCAUUCAGAGAGUCAGGCAGCUUACAGGUUUUAUGUGGGGGAAAAAAUAAAAUCACACUAACAGAGUGAAACACGCUCCCGUGAACCAAGUCGCUCCCGUGCCCAUCCCCAGUUCUUUCUUCCUGGUGGAGCAGACAGGAGCAGUCGGUGGUCCACGGCCCACGACUCACGGCCAGCAAGCAGCCCCUCCUUGAACACAGGGCGCUUGCCUCCAACUGAUGGGAGCAGAGACCAAGAACACAAAUCCAGACUUCUGUUCCUCCUUUAUCGUGGUGGAAGGGAUCUAGUAUACAGAAUAUGUACCAUUUUAUCCCAGUAUCGCCCUGCAUAGGGUUCCAGUUUCCUCCAGGUAUAAAAUGUAUACAGCGCUGCAUUAUCACAGAGGAAACGCUCCUUUUGAAAACAAUCAACCGAUCAGCCAUUUUUACUACCGUGCGAAGCGUCCUCACUCCAGCAAGCUCUAGGCGGCUGAGAAAAAUAAGUCCAAUCACUGUUUGUAUUUCUUUUUCCUUUGUGGGAACAUUUCACCUGCUGAGUGUAUAUGAAUUUGCUUUCUAAAAAGGCUUGUAUGGGUUUACAGUAGGGCCAGUGGAAGGAAAAGUCAAUAAGGGCUGUUUUUACAAAACAAACAAACAAAACAAAUAAUUUUAAAAAGACACUUCACAUUCCUUCCUAUUCUCUAACUACACUUGGGAAGUGCACUUCGGGUAAGUUUGCUGUGUGGCUGAGAGACGAAGGAAAUCCAUAGACAAGAUCCUCUUAGUGAACAAAAUUUAGUUGUUAACUUUAGAGCUAUUAAACACCCCGGGGCACCUGUUUUCGUUCAGAUUCUACCCUCUGCAUCAUGCUUAGCCCUGCGACAUGCGUACAGUAUGCAUAUUUUGUUUUGAAUAAAAUGUUUUGUUCCAGUCUGUUAAGAAUAUUAAAAAAAAUAAUAAAGGUAUUGCUUAAUAAAAUUGCUAGAA